UUCCCCCAAAGUCUCGCGGUAAUGGUUGGUUGCUGUGGUAACGUCAAAAGAAGUGUACUGCUAGCUAGCUUGCUUGCUACAACAAAAAUACAAACAAUCAAUUCACAGUCAAGUCAUAUUGAGCGGUUUGACACCUAUACAAAACACGAGGAUUUUGUGGAGAGGAGAGAAACCAGUGUGAAUAGAUGGCGAGCCAGAGGCCACCGUCAGGUAGACCGAUGAGUCGGGGGUCUCUUGUACCAGGGACUGGGAGACCUCCAACUGCCAUCAGACCUCCACCCACAGCCGUUAGGGUCGGAACUGGGAUUGUUCCGGGUACUGGGCGUCCUGGAACCAGAGGAGGAGCCCUAGGGACCCCUGGUGUUCUCUCUGCUCAAAUUAAAGUGGCCGACCGGCCAGUCACCCAGCAGGGCCUGAGCGGCAUGAAGACUGGCAUGAAGGGACCUCAGAGGCAGAUUCUGGAUAAAUCCUACUACCUUGGCCUUCUCAGGAGUAAGAUCAACGAACUGACAACGGAGACCAGCAAACUGCAGAAGGAGAUUGACACCUUCAAUCAGGAGAACUCUGUUUACCUCUCCUAUGAGAAAAGAGCAGAAGGACUUGCUGGUGAACUGAAAGAUCUACAGGGACAACUGGCAGAUUACAACAUGCUAGUUGACAAGUUGAACACCAACACUGAGAUGGAGGAAGUGAUAAAUGACUUCAAUAUGUUGAAAGCACAGAACGACCGAGAGGCUCAAAGUAUGGAUGUCAUAUUCACAGAAAGACGAGAGAAGGAGGAGAUGAUCCGUGCGGUGGAGGAGGAGAUGGAGAGGGAGAAGCAGGCCGCUGAUGACAUCAUCAAAAAGAUGUCUCCAGAGAAACAGGACCAGUACGCUGCCAUGAAGGCCAGCAACGACGAGCUGCUACAGGAGCUGGAUGGUCGUCAGGAAGAGCUGGACACCCUCAUAACACGGAAGGAGACGUUUGAAGCAGAGCUGUAUCACUCCCAGGUGAAACAGGAAGCUGUGUUACUACACGAGAAGCUUCAGGAGCUGGAGCUGAAGAGAGACGCCAUGGUGGCAGAGGACAAGAGCAUGGGAUCGCCCCAGGAGGAGAGGGACAGGCUGUUUAAACAGGUAAAAGAAGACAACCAGGAAACAGCAAGCAUGGAAAGACAGUUGACUGAGAUGCGUGAGAAGAUGAGCCUGAUCAACGAGGAGAUCCGACAGCUUGACAAUAACAUGGAGGAACACCAAGGUGAACGAAACCAGAAGUACAAAGAACUAAAGAAGAGAGAUGAGACUAUGGACAGUUUUCUGGAUUCAUUUGAUGAGACUAAAGCUACAGAGGUGGAGAAAAACCGUCAGACACAGGCCAUCAUCGUAGCUCUACUGGAACACUCCAGCAGAAACAUGAACCGGAUGCGCCAGAUCUCGUCGGUGACGGCCAGUGAGCUCAAGUCCAUGCAGGAAGACCUGAGCUUCAAGGAGACAGAGAUGCACAAGUCCCAGAACACAGCCAAGGGCCUGUCUUCAGAGAACCACCGUCUGACCCUUGACCUGCAGAAGGUAGAGCAGCUGGAGAGUAAGAUCAACACAGAGCUGACCAGCCUGAAGGACAGGAUAGAGACCAUGACUCAGGAGCUGGAGACGUACAGCAACCUGGACAAUCUAAAGGCUGCUGGAGAGGACAAGAAGAAGAGGCUGCAGGAGGACAGAGUAUCCCUGGCCCAGAGGAGAGACGGCUUUCACAAGGUCAUGCAGAAGAUGAAUGAGGUGUAUGAAGCUCUGAAAACACAGCUACAGGACAAUGAGACACAUGCUCAGCUGACCAAUCUGGAGAGGAAGUGGCAACAUCACGAGCAGAACAACUUCGUCAUGAAAGAGUUCAUCGCCUCUAAGGGUAUGGAGAGCGACUACCGUCCGGUGGUGAAGACUGUCUCCAGGCAGCUGGCAGAGUACAACAAGAUCCUCAUAGACACCCUGCAGGGAACCAAGAUCUAGGAACUGACUCGGGGACAAGGACAGCAACAUCUUCCUCUCUCUGGAGGCAGUCUCCAUGUCCCACUUCCUGCAUCAACCCCUCUGUCAUACACUACCGUUUAAAAGUUUGGGGUCACUUAGAAAUGUCCUUAUUUUUUAAAGGAAUGCCUUCUUUUUAUUGUCCAUUAAAAAUAUCAUCAAAUUGAUCAGAAAUUCAGUGUAGACAUUGUUAAUGUUGUAAAUGACUAUUGUAGCUGGAAACGGCUGAUUUUUUAUGGAAUAUCUACAUAGGCGUACAGAGGCCCAUUAUCAGCAACCAUCACUCCUGUGUUCCAAUGGCACGUUGUGUUAGCCAAUCCAAGUUUAUCAUUUUAAAAGGCUAAUUGAUCAUUAGAAAACCCGUUUGCAAUUUUGUUAGCCCAGCUGAAAACUGUUCUGAUUAAAGAAGCAAUAAAACUGGCCUUUAGACUGUUAUUUUGCCCAUCUUAAUCUUUUCUUUUUAUUGGCCAGUCUGAGAUAUGGCUUUCUCUUUGCAACUCUGCCUAGAAGGCCAGCUUCAGAUUCUUGGCAAUUUCUCACAUGGAAUAGCCUUCAUUUCUCAGAACAAGAAUAGACUGAUGAGUUUCAGAAGAAAGUUCUUUGUUUCUGGCCAUUUUGAGCCUGUAAUCAAACCCACAAAUGCUGAUGCUCCAGAUACUCAACUAGUCUAAAGAAGGACAGUUUUAUUGCUUCUUUAAUCAGGACAACAGUUUUCAGCUGUGCUAACAUAACUGCAGAAGGGUUUUCUAAUGAUCAAUUAGUAUUUUAAAAUUAUAAACUUGGAUUAGGUAACACAACAUGCCAUUGGAACACAGGAGUGAUGGUUGCUGAUAAUGGACCUCUGUACUCCUAUGUAGAUAAUUCAUAAAAGAUCUGCUGUUCCCAGCUACAAUAGUCAUUUACAACAUUAACAAUGUCUACAGUGUAUUUCGGAUCAAUUUGAUGAUAUUUUAAUGGACAAAUGUGCUUUUCUUUCAAAAACAAGGACAUUUCUUAUUGACCCCAAAUGAUUGUGUGCGUAUGGGUUGACAGAUAUAUAUAUAUAUAUAUAUACUAUACUAUAUACUCAACCAAAUAUGAUAUACGUAUGUGUUUGAGCAGGGAUAUACUGGACUCAAACCGCAUAUGAGACCCAAUUGUAUAAUGAUAACAAAGUGUCUUGAAUCAUCCUUCUAUGUAGUUACAUUUGACAUAUUUCAAACGUUGUACCAUUUCUCUGUAGUUCCAUUACUGUCAAUACAACAUGUUCUGUAGCGUCGUUUUGCUUUCUUUCUUGAUAAAACGGUUUGACCAAC